AUGUUCGUGUCGGAGAGGACGGCCGCAGCGAAGCCAGCGUCCCACCUUGUGCGCACGGCGAGGCAGACGGCCCUGACCUUCCCCCUGGCUUCCCGCGCCCUCCGCCCCUCACCACGCAGGACUGGCGAGUACCACCUCCGGGGCUGCAUCGGCUCUCUGCACUCUCGACCACUGAAUACUGGUGUCGCUGAUUUCGCCUUGGCGUCGGCAAGGGACAGGAGGUUCAAGCCGAUCACCUACAACGAGCUGGAAAGCCUGAGCUGUUCCGUCAGCUUGCUGCAUUCGUUCGAGGAAUGCGCUGCGUGGGAUGACUGGGUCGUGGGGCGACAUGGCAUCAUCAUCCGCUUCACCGCGGGCCACGGCGAGUUCUCUGCAACGUUCCUGCCAGGAGUUGCAGCGGAGCAAGGAUGGUCCAUAAAGGAAACGAUCGAACACUUGAUCCGCAAGGCCGGGUACCAAGGGCACAUCUCCAGCUCGUUGCUGUCGAACAUGCGUGUCACAAGGUACCAGAGCAGCAGCCACUCGAUGACACACAAGGAGUGGCUGUCAAGCAAGGACGAGGACGACAGCGUGCCUAGUGCACACACGCUGUCCACGGCCUCCAUGACGCCCCCCUAG